AUGGGGGUGUUUACUGUAAAAUCAGCAUACAAUCUCUUAUCGAAUCUAAAUCUUGAGCGUGCUGCCACGGGUCUUUCUUCCUCUCGUGUACAUCAAUGGGAGUUGGUACCUGAGUUGGUGUGGAAACGCAUAUGGUCACUCCAAACUCUCCCAAAAAUUAAAUCUUUUUGUUGGAGAGUAUGUGCGGAAGGCGUUGCAACGGGUGAUGGUCUCCUCUCACGGCAAGUGCCUAUCGAUCCAUCGUGUCGUCGUUGUGGUGCAAACAGAGAGACAGCAGAUCACUUGCUCCUUGAGUGUCCAUUUGCCAAGGCGGUUUGGCUUGAUAGUUCCUUAUCAUAUAAACCUCCAACAAAUCAGGUACCCAAGUUCUCAGAUUGGUUGAAUAGUUGGGAUUCCUUAUAUCGCCAAAAUAAGAAAGUUGCUCGUGAAUCUCUAUCACACGCUUCUUUCUUGUGCUGGUAUCUUUGGAGAGCAAGGAAUGAUUAUGUGUUCAACACUAAAAAUUGGACACCACAAGAGAUAAUCACUGUGGCCGAGCGAGCUUUUCUUGAGUUCCAUGCUACUUCUGCUAGUGGCCAUGCAACAACAUUUACAUCUUAUUGUGCGUCUGCUGCUACUAUCAAUUGGAUAUCUCCACCGGUGGGUUAUCGUAAGGUAAAUUGUGAUGCAACAUUGAGAAAUAGAAGUUCAAAGGGGGGUCUAGGUUUCAUUUUCAGAGAUCAUAGGAGCUAUCAGGUGAAGGCAAUCUCAAUUCCACACCACUUUAAAUUGGCAGUUCGAGGUGAAGCUAUUGUAAUUCGAUGUGCUCUUAUAGAAGCUGUGGCUGUUGGUUUCGCUAAUCUUCAAGUGGAAUCAGAUUGCAAGGAGGUGAUCGACUAUAUCCAUGACCAAAACCAACAUCCACUCUAUGAAUUUUCUACCAUUAUUUCAGAUAUUAGGAGAUUAUCCUCCUCUUUUGAUUUCAUUUCAUUUCGAUGUAUUCCACGGGCUAUGAACGGUAUUUCAGAUGCCCUAGCUAGGAAGGCCCUGUCUAUUAUGUGUAUGACAGAUUGGCCAAAUUCCACUCCGUGGCUUCAUGAUCUUUGUGAAUCUGAAGCUUUAGGUUGUACACAUACUAUCCUUUAA